UCUUGAUGGACAGUCUUUUUUUCCCAGUUCUUUUGAGAUAUAAUCAACAUAUAACAUUGUAUAAGAUUAAGCAGUCUAAUAUGAUGACUUCAUACACAUAUAUGUUAUGAAAAACUUACCACAAUAAGGUUAGUUAACACCUCUAUUAUGUAACAUAAUUUUGAUUUCGUUGUGUGUGAUGAGAACAUAUAAGAUCUAUUCUUUUAGCAACUUGCAAGUAUAUAAUGCAGCAUUAAUAACAGUAGGCACUAGGCUGUACAUUAGAACCCCAGAGCUUAUUCAUCAUAUAACCAGAAUGUUAAACCCUUUGACCAAUAUCUUCCUGAGUUUUGAAAGAUACAAUGUAAAGGAGAGGAAUCUCAAUGCAUGAGAAGGUUGUGCAUUGGAAGAAAAUGCUGUUGAAGUAUUUCACCCAGCUUUGGUGCAGUUAUCUCCUAGAUGGAAUCUUGAAUCAACAGAUAAAAAUGGGGGAAAGGCAUAAAAGCAAGAGGGAUGAGUGCAUGUAAAAUGCUAGAGUGAUUACAGUGUGCUUGAGGAGUAGAACUAUUUGAGUAUAUCUCAAGCAUGGAAACAAUUUAGAGGAUGCCAAGAGAGAGGCUAGAGAAAUACGUAGGGGUCAAAAUAUGAAGAACUUUUAUCUAAGAGCAAUGGAGAGUCAUUAAUGGAUUGUCCAAGACUUAUCAUUUCUUUAAAUUUCCACAGACUCUACUGUGAAUAAAUGGUGGUGGGUCAAAGGACUACAGGCAAUAGAUCACCCCAAUAUUAAACCCUGGAGCUUUUUCUGAUGUUAUCCUAAACAUUUUCUUUCAGGCAGUAAAAAUGUCUUGUGUUGUGGCUUUCUAAUUAAAUUGAGAUUUGAAACUAGCAAGUGAGAGACCACUGGUCCAUGUUGAUGGACAAAGGAGUAAGGAAUGACAUGGAGAGUGACAUUCAAAUAUUUCAUCAGGUGAGUGAGAGUAAGGAAUGGGAAUGCACUUUGAUUCCAGGAGUUUUUCAUAACAAACACGUGACAUUUUUUUGAUGGAAAUAUAUGCUUCCCAUUGGAAGAUUACUUCAUACUGACAAGAGGUUAUUUUAUGAGUCUCAUUCUCAGGAAAGACUGAUUUGCUAACAUACUGGUCUCCUCUCCAAUGUCAUAGUCACAUUCAUUAUUUGUGAUGACUUCCUGCCUCUCAGACCUCUUAGUCAUGCUGGGGAGAAACAUCACUCUGGUGAGUGAGUUCAUCCUGGUGGGCUUCCCCACUGCCCCCUGGCUUCAGGUCUUGCUCUUCUUCCUCUUCCUUGUGGUCUACUUGUUGGUGGUAGUAGAGAAUCUUGUCAUCAUGCUCACUGUCUGGGUCACUGGCUCCCUCCAUAAGCCCAUGUACUAUUUCCGGAGUAGUCUGUCCUUCCUGGAGGUCUGGUAUGUCUCUGUCACAGUCCCCAAGAUGCUGGAUGGAUUCCUCCUGCAGAGACGGCGCAUCUCCUUCACAGGCUGCAUGACCCAGCUGUACUUCUUUAUCUCGCUUGCCUGCACGGAGUGUGUACUUCUGGCAGCCAUGGCCUAUGACCGCUAUGUGGCCAUCUGCCACCCUCUCAGAUACCCGGUCAUCAUGACCACAGGUUAUUGUGUGCAGCUGGUGGCUUUCUCUUAUAUGACUGGUUUCAUGAUCACUGUGAUCAAGGUCUAUUUUAUUUCACAUGUCACUUUCUGUGGCUCCAAUGUCAUGAACCACUUUUUCUGUGACAUCUCACCAAUCCUCAAACUGGCCUGCAAAGACAUGUCCACAGCUGAGCUAGUGGACUUUGCUUUGGCUAUUGUCAUUCUUGUCUUCCCUCUCACCACUACUAUCCUCUCCUAUGUCUACAUUGUGUCCACCAUUCUGCGUAUACCCUCCACCCAGAGAAGGAAGAAGGCCUUCUCCACCUGUGCAUCCCACCUCACAGUAGUCAUAAUUUAUUACACAGCCAUGAUUUUCAUGUAUGUUCGGCCCAGAGCUAUUGCUUCAUUUAACUCCAACAAACUCAUCUCAGCUGUGUAUGCAGUCCUCACGCCCAUGCUAAAUCCAUUCAUCUACUGUCUGAGGAACCAGGAAGUCAAGAAUGCUAUCAAAAAGACAAUGGGUGUUGGCCAGUGCUUCCUGCUCAACUGAGGCCUGCGGCCUUGAGGAGAGAGACUGUUCCAGACAGGAGGUCAUUCCCUUGAUACUUAUCGUUCUGUGCUUUUAGCUUGCUCUAUAGAUCAGAAAUCUUUAAAAAAACAAAUCGCAGCAAGACAAAUGUUUCAAAAAGUCUUAAAAGUAAAAACCACAUAUUCGAAAUGUAUACUUUGAACAAUUAGUCUGGAUUCUGACUUAAAGCCUGCCACGAGAUGCAGCUGUGCAAUUGAAGUAUGGCAACUCACUUGCCACUGUGAAACCUACCACCAGAUGCAGCUUAAUUGUCACUUGUUGCUCACUGAGAGGGUUUUGAUAUAAGUCUGCAAAUAAUUGAUUUAUUAUAAUCUCUGUGCAGUCAAACCUCACUGCUAAUGAAAAUCUGUGUUUUCCACCACUCUCCAGACCUGGCAUCACUGCCUCGGCUCCGCCUCAGAUUCUCAGAUGUUAGAUUCUCAUAAAGAGCACUUGAUCUUGAUUCCUCACAUGCAUAGUUCACAGUAGUUUGCACUCCUGUGAGAAUCUAAUGCUGCUGCUGAUCUGACGGGAGGUGCAUAUUAAAGGAAUGAUUUCCGUGAUCCUAGACGCUUACAUCUUCCCCUGCUUAGAAAAGUACCAAAUUCCUUAAUUUGACAUAUCUGAUUUCUUUAAUUAACAGUAACCUCUUGAUGUUUCCCACUGCCUGCCCUUUGUUGCAAAACCCCUGUAUAUCCUAGCUCUACCCCUCAUCUCCUCAGAGCAUUUUCUCAGAGCUAUCUGAAAUGCAGUCACCCAGCUGCAGACCUCAUUUUGCCCAAAUAAAAUUUGCCUCGUUGGGCUUCACUGAUGGUCAGUGAUGAAGAAUCUGCCUGCUAGUUCAGGGUACAGGCAUUUGACCCCUCAUCCAGCAAGAUGUCACAUGCCCGGAGCAACUAGGCCCAUGUAUCAUGACAACUAAGCAUUUCUUUUAACACAUGCAUGAGAUACAGAUUUAACUGUUUUCUAUGUCAGACCACGGCUCAUCUUACAUUAGUCUUUUCCUGAUCUGGUUUCCUUCUCUUUUUGAAUUUUUAUCCAAGUUUCUAGGUAUCUAUAUUUCUUAAAUGAUCACUAUAAACAUAAAACAGUCAUUUGAGAUAAACUUUCUAGCAUUCAACCAUGAAUCUUUGCUUUCCUAUCUGGCUUUUAUUUCCUUUUAAAGUUCCUCCCAUUUUCCUGAGAAUGGAAAUUGAAUAUGAGUGAAAAGUCAAUAUUCAAUAGAAUAUUGACUCAUCGAUGAGAACUUUUUGAAGAGAAAGAGAGGAAAAUCUUGUUUAGCAAAGGAAAGAUCUACUGACCUUAAGGAUUUCCAAUCCUUGAUCUCUGUUCUGAAAAAGUUUUUAGAGCUGGAUGCUACUCUGAGAUCAAAAUAUAAUUAAAAACUUUCAAAGGUGAAUUUGAAAAAAAAAAUAGGCUUUUAAUCACCAAAUGAAUUGAUGCAAUUUAGACAAACUCCAGAAAUUAUGGUGCCCCCAAAUUAAACUACAAGGCCAUUUGUAGGUACACUAAGCCCAUAUAUUAAUUGAAAGACAAAGACUCACUUUAACUGAGACAAUUCUAUGUGGGGAAAAGUAGAAAUAAAUGGAAAACAGGAUAAUAGGAAAACAAUAUAUUUAAAGCUCAUUAUUAUAGAGACAAUCUUGACAAACUGAUGCUUUUGAAUUGAUGCUUUUGAACUGUGAUUUUGAACUGUGAUAUGGGAGAAGA